AUGCAGAAUAAUCAGCAGGGAAACCGUCUCCACCUGAACUUCGGCUUCAACAACGACCGGAACCUUGCCGCUGAGCAGGGCCGUGCUUAUCCCACCACGCCCUCGACUUUCCCCCAGCCAGUAUACCCCAACCAGAAUGGCCAGCAGGAAGUUUGGGGCGCCCAGCAAGGCAACUACGGCUACUUCAUGAACCCUCAGCAAUACCCCCAGUACCAGCAGCAGCAGCAGCAGGGCCUUCAGACGCCUGGCGCUGUCUACCGCUCGCCCGCUGGCUACAACGACGGCACCAAUGGUCUCGUUCACCAAUUCAGCAACCAGAACCUGGGCACGCCGCGCUCGGGCAGCCCGUACGGUCGCCAACCCUCGCCCAACACGCAGCGCCCGCGCACCGCUGGCUCUGGACAACAGCAGCAGUAUGGCAACUACUUGAGCGCGCCCUUCUCCGGCCAGAAGCAGUCGUCGCUCAACGAUGAUGAACCCCCGCCAAAGAACCCCGACCUCUACUCUGAGAACAUUGGCCGCCGCGCCAAGCUGUCCACUGGUCUGGUCAGCGACUUCUUCAAGCAGAGCGUCCAGCGCGCUCGUGACCGCAAUGCUAGAGCCCUGGAGUUGGAGCAGAUCGUCAACAACCCUAACAUCUCGGAUAACCGCAAGCACCAAAAGCUCAUCGAGACGCAACAGGCCGAGCUGCGCUUCUUGCGCUUCCUGCGCACCAAGGAGAGGCCAGAGAACUUUGUCACUGUGAAGAUCAUUGGUAAGGGUGCUUUCGGUGAGGUCAAGCUGGUGCAGCGCAAGAACGAUGGCAAGGUUUACGCCUUGAAGUCGCUCAUCAAGUCAGAAAUGUUCAAGAAGGAUCAGCUUGCGCACGUCAGGUCCGAGCGUGAUAUCUUGGCCGAGUCGGACAGUCCGUGGGUGGUCAAGCUGCACACGACGUUCCAAGACAACACGUUCCUGUACAUGCUGAUGGAGUUCUUGCCGGGUGGUGAUCUGAUGACCAUGCUCAUCAAGUAUGAGAUCUUCACGGAGGACAUCACUCGUUUCUACAUGGCCGAGCUCACUCUGGCCAUUGAGGCUGUGCACAAGCUUGGUUUCAUACACCGUGAUAUCAAACCCGACAACAUCCUUCUCGACCGCGGUGGCCACAUCAAGCUCACUGACUUUGGUUUGUCGACUGGCUUCCACAAGGAGCACGAGGCGUCGUACUACCAGAAGCUGCUGUCCGGCUCGACUGGCCAGAAGUCGAACCGCGACAACCGCAACUCGGUCGCGCUGGACCAGAUCCAGCUGACCGUCAGCAACCGUACGCAGAUCAACACCUGGCGCAAGUCUCGUCGUCAACUCGCCUAUUCGACGGUCGGUACGCCCGACUACAUUGCGCCUGAGAUCUUCUCUGGCAAGGGUUACGACUUUGGAUGCGAUUGGUGGUCCGUCGGUACCAUCAUGUUCGAGUGCUUGAUUGGCUGGCCUCCAUUCUGCGCUGAGGAGCCCCACGAUACCUACCGCAAGAUUGUCGACUGGCCGCGCAACCUCCACUUCCCGCCCGACCAGCAGCUUGGUGUUGAGGCCGAGGACUUCAUUCGGAGCCUCAUCUGCAAUGCCGACGACCGUCUCGGCCACGUCGGUGGCGCGCACGAGAUCAAGCAGCACCCCUUCUUCCGCGGCGUGCAGUGGGAUGGCCUGCGGCGGAUCCGGGCGCCGUUUGAGCCCAAGCUGCAGUCGAACGUCGACACGCAGUACUUCCCCAUCGACGAGAUUGACCAGCACGACACGUCAGCAGCGCUGCGCGCGCAGACGUCGGCGACGCAGGGCGAGGACCUGGCGGCGGAGAUGAGCCUGCCGUUCAUCGGGUACACGUACAAGCGGUUCGACGCGUUCAAGGGUUCGUGA